AUGGAAGACUUGCACGCUAUACCAAGGGUAGCGCAUACUGCAUUAGAACCAGAGGGACAACACAAAAAGGCCUAUAUGAGCCUCACUAAUGGUCCGGUUCUGGUUCGACUUUCCCGAACCUUCCCGAACCGUUCCUUGACUUCGAAUUCCCUCAACUUCGACUUCAAUAACGACGACGUCGGUGUCCAUGUCGACAUCAAAGCAUCGUCUUCGAGAUUUGCAUUAUUUGUUAAUCGGGCUACUGUUAGCCUUUUUGAAGACUGCUGCGCUCUGAACGCUGACGGCACCCUUAAGGAUGCUUCUGAAAUUACCUUCUUUAACGAUCCUGACGAUGAAGUACCAUUGCCCCAACCAUCCUCUUCCACUACAUCCGCAAAGGACACCUUCUCCAUUCUGCUCAAGGCUGGACGCACCCCAGCAACAGUUGCAGCUGGAUCUAGGCGCUCUGGCCGGCCCUCAAAACCGUCAGCUCGUAUUCGCGAUGUGGACAAUGCCUGCGGUCUGUCUUCGUCAACUAACCCAAGGAAACGUGCUUUAUCCAGCGCUACGGAUCAUCCACCACGCAAGAAAACUGCCAUGCGAAUCUUAUCUCCUCUUGACUCCGAAGAUGAAGAAAUACCCUCUACAUCCCCGCUUACAUCCUUGAUCAGUUACAUUCAAUGCAAUAUCCAACGCUAG